CCCGGCUCCAGUUGCGCACGAAAUGGCCCAUGGUGUUUUAGUGCCAUGUAGUGGACGCUUUGCAAGGUGCGGUUUGCUGGUGACAUUCUGGACUGUAGUGUUUCUACUCUCUACAGAAAUGAAUUUUCAGCAGCCAACUGCGGUGACUGAACAGCCAAGCGUUGAAGAUGUGGAGAGUACAUCCACUACAUCUACGACUACUGUCAAUACAUCCAAUACCACUACCUUUCUGCCACCACUAACUGCAGCGUUUACGAAAGUCCCACGUGGUGUCGCUGUUUGCAUUGCAGGGAAUCUUCGGACCUUCACAGUUCCAGUGGUCUUUUCUCAAAUCAGACCCUUUCAUGAGAAACUCUGGGGAUCGAAGGUCUCGUUUUUCCUCUAUGGCACCUUGGCCGGUGCUGGGCCGAAGAACCAAACGAACCACAACCUGCCGGCCAUCAAUGAAUCCAACCAGACUGCGCUGAACAUUGCGGUGACUUUGCUGAGGCCCGAAACAGUGGAAUUGGUCACGAAUGCUGAGGAUGUGACGGAGGAGAACAUUGCGCAGUAUGUUCUGCAUCAGGAAUGUUUCCGACGUAUUCAAUUCGUUCAACCAGUGGACGGUGACGAAGCCUUCUUCGAAAAUCGUGUGCGCUUCUUGCGUGGCCUCAACCAGCUCGCGCACGUGAUUAGUAGCCUUCAGAUGAUGAUGCGAUAUGAAAAUGCCCGCGGUCGCAGGUUCAAAGUGGUGAUUUUAACCCGCCCGGAUCUGCGAUAUGACGUGAACCGCAGUGAUCAUGAUUGGUUUCGUGAUGUAGCUUGGGUUCCCGAGUGGACCUCCAACGGCAAUGUGGCACUUCAAAUGGAUCACUGGGUGGCCAUGCCUCGUGCGUUGGCGGAACGAUUUUUUUUGCUCGGCAAAGUUCUGAGCUGUAGUCCAUCCGACAAAUUCUGUUGUCGAAAAAUUGACCGAUCUGAAAGUUUGUGGGAAUAUUUAACUGGAGCGGUGCAUGGCAAUUUUGGUCAAUGCUCCUGCUCAAAUAUCACCACGCCCUAUAAAAAGGCCAAAGUCGCCAAGAUUCAGCGGACCAAGCCGACAAAAUAGCCAAGAUUGACCAAGAUUGACCUUUGACACCGCAGAGGCCAAAA